GCGGCGUGCGCGUCAGUCAGCCCAGCCGGCCAGCGGCGCCACUCUGGCGGGCCGCGCUCCCCGCUCCCUAUUGUCCCCCGCGCCCCGACCGCUUUCCCUUCGGUGGCGGGCCGAGGAGGCUCCCAAGCCUCCGGCGAGGCCUUCCCCGCCCCCCACCGCCCUGGCAGCCCCGGGAGGCGGGGGUCGCCUCCCAGAGAAGCGAAGUCGGGGCAUCCGCGUCGCCUGGUGAGAGCGGUGGAACCCAGGCUGGUGGCUGCAUCCCUCCAGUCUGCUCGGCGGGCGCCGGUGCAGGCAGCCGCAGCGAGGCUGGCGGUCUCGCCGUCCUCGUUCAGCGCUCAUCCUGCUCACCAUUCCUCCCCCAGCCCCUGCCCGGUGGCGGAUUCCGAAGUCCUCUCCGCCGCCGAGACCCGCCGCGCAGACUCGUGGGAAGUUGUGUUGUUUGCAGCUGGGCUCGUGUAUUGUUCUUUACCCGGCGCGCCGGUCCUGACCGACCCCAUUCUGCAGAGGGGCCGCCCGUGGAGUGGCAGCAGUCAUCACCCGCUUAUCUGAGACUAGUGGCCUCGGUUCUUCCUGUGUCCUGUGUUUGGAGAGAGAUCACAGGAGGGUCAGUAUGGGAAUCCUUUAAAUAAAUAUAUCAGACAUUAUGAAGGAUUAUCUUACAAUGUGGAUUCAUUACACCAAAAACACCAGCGUGCCAAAAGAGCAGUCUCACAUGAGGACCAAUUUUUACGUCUAGAUUUCCAUGCCCAUGGAAGACAUUUCAACCUACGAAUGAAGAGGGACACUUCCCUUUUCAGUGAUGAAUUUAAAGUAGAAACAUCAAAUAAAGUACUUGAUUAUGAUACCUCUCAUAUUUACACUGGACAUAUUUAUGGUGAAGAAGGAAGUUUUAGCCAUGGGUCUGUUAUUGAUGGAAGAUUUGAAGGAUUCAUCCAGACUCGUGGUGGCACAUUUUAUGUUGAGCCAGCAGAGAGAUAUAUUAAAGACCGAACUCUGCCAUUUCACUCUGUCAUUUAUCAUGAAGAUGAUAUUAACUAUCCCCAUAAAUACGGUCCUCAGGGGGGCUGUGCAGAUCAUUCAGUAUUUGAAAGAAUGAGGAAAUACCAGAUGACUGGUGUAGAGGAAGUAACACAGAUACCUCAAGAAGAACAUGCUGCUAAUGGUCCAGAACUCCUGAGGAAAAAACGUACAACUUCAGCUGAAAAAAAUACUUGUCAGCUUUAUAUUCAGACUGAUCAUUUGUUCUUUAAAUAUUACGGAACACGAGAAGCUGUGAUUGCCCAGAUAUCCAGUCAUGUUAAAGCGAUUGAUACAAUUUACCAGACCACAGACUUCUCCGGAAUCCGUAACAUCAGUUUCAUGGUGAAACGCAUAAGAAUCAAUACAACUGCUGAUGAGAAGGACCCUACAAAUCCUUUCCGUUUCCCAAAUAUUGGUGUGGAGAAGUUUCUGGAAUUGAAUUCUGAGCAGAAUCAUGAUGACUACUGUUUGGCCUAUGUCUUCACAGACCGAGAUUUUGAUGAUGGCGUACUUGGUCUGGCUUGGGUUGGAGCACCUUCAGGAAGCUCUGGAGGAAUAUGUGAAAAAAGUAAACUCUAUUCAGAUGGUAAGAAGAAGUCCUUAAACACUGGAAUUAUUACUGUUCAGAACUAUGGGUCUCAUGUACCUCCCAAAGUCUCUCACAUUACUUUUGCUCACGAAGUUGGACAUAACUUUGGAUCCCCACAUGAUUCUGGAACAGAGUGCACACCAGGAGAAUCUAAGAAUUUGGGUCAAAAAGAAAAUGGCAAUUACAUCAUGUAUGCAAGAGCAACAUCUGGGGACAAACUUAACAACAAUAAAUUCUCACUCUGUAGUAUUAGAAAUAUAAGCCAAGUUCUUGAGAAGAAGAGAAACAACUGUUUUGUUGAAUCUGGCCAACCUAUUUGUGGAAAUGGAAUGGUAGAACAAGGUGAAGAAUGUGAUUGUGGCUAUAGUGACCAGUGUAAAGAUGAAUGCUGCUUCGAUGCAAAUCAACCAGAGGGAAGAAAAUGCAAACUGAAACCUGGGAAACAGUGCAGUCCAAGUCAAGGUCCUUGUUGUACAGCACAGUGUGCAUUCAAGUCAAAGUCUGAGAAGUGUCGGGAUGAUUCAGACUGUGCAAGGGAAGGAAUAUGUAAUGGCUUCACAGCUCUCUGCCCAGCAUCUGACCCUAAACCAAACUUCACAGACUGUAAUAGGCAUACACAAGUGUGCAUUAAUGGGCAAUGUGCAGGUUCUAUCUGUGAGAAAUAUGGCUUAGAGGAAUGUACGUGUGCCAGUUCUGAUGGCAAAGAUGAUAAAGAAUUAUGCCAUGUAUGCUGUAUGAAGAAAAUGGACCCAUCAACUUGUGCCAGUACAGGGUCUGUGCAGUGGAGUAGGCACUUCAGUGGUCGAACCAUCACCCUGCAACCUGGAUCCCCUUGCAACGAUUUUAGAGGUUACUGUGAUGUUUUCAUGCGGUGCAGAUUAGUAGAUGCUGAUGGUCCUCUAGCUAGGCUUAAAAAAGCAAUUUUUAGUCCAGAGCUCUAUGAAAACAUUGCUGAAUGGAUUGUGGCUCAUUGGUGGGCAGUAUUACUUAUGGGAAUUGCUCUGAUCAUGCUAAUGGCUGGAUUUAUUAAGAUAUGCAGUGUUCAUACUCCAAGUAGUAAUCCAAAGUUGCCUCCUCCUAAACCACUUCCAGGCACUUUAAAGAGGAGGAGACCUCCACAGCCCAUUCAGCAACCCCAGCGUCAGCGGCCCCGAGAGAGUUAUCAAAUGGGACACAUGAGACGCUAACUGCAGCUUUUGCCUUGGUUCUUCCUAGUGCCUACAAUGGGAAAACUUCACUCCAAAGAGAAACCUAUUAAGUCAUCAUCUCCAAACUAAACCCUCACAAGUAACAGUUGAAGAAAAAAUGGCAAGAGAUCAUAUCCUCAGACCAGGUGGAAUUACUUAAAUUUUAAAGCCUGAAAAUUCCAAUUUGGGGGUGGGAGGUGGAAAAGGAACCCAAUUUUCUUAUGAACAGAUAUUUUUAACUUAAUGGCACAAAGUCUUAGAAUAUUAUUAUGUGCCCCAUGUUCCCUGUUCUUCGUUGCUGCAUUUUCUUCACUUGCAGGCAAACUUGGCUCUCGAUAAACUUUUACCACAAAUUGAAAUAAAUAUAUUUUUUUCAACUGCCAAUCAAGGCUAGGAGGCUCGACCACCUCAACAUUGGAGACAUCACUUGCCAAUGUACAUACCUUGUUAUAUGCAGACAUGUAUUUCUUACGUACACUGUACUUCUGUGUGCAAUUGUAAACAGAAAUUGCAAUAUGGAUGUUUCUUUGUAUUAUAAAAUUUUUCCGCUCUUAAUUAAAAAUUACUGUUUAAUUGACAUACUCAGGAUAACAGAGAAUGGUGGUAUUCAGUGGUCCAGGAUUCUGUAAUGCUUUACACAGGCAGUUUUGAAAUGAAAAUCAAUUUACCUUUCUGUUACGAUGGAGUUGGUUUUGAUACUCAUGUUUUCUUUAUCACAUGGCUGCUACGGGCACAAGUGACUAUACUGAAGAACACAGUUAAGUGUUGUGCAAACUGGACAUAGCAGCACAUACUACUUCAGAGUUCAUGAUGUAGAUGUCUGGUUUCUGCUUACGUCUUUUAAACUUUCUAAUUCAAUUCCAUUUUUCAACUGAUAGGUGAAAUUUUAUUCAUGCUUUGAUAGAAAUUAUGUCAAUGAAAUGAUUCUUUUUAUUUGUAGCCUACUUAUUUGUGUUUUUCAUAUAUCCGAAAUAUGCUAAUUAUGUUUUCUGUCUGAUAUGGAAAAGAAAAGCUGUGUCUUUAUCAAAAUAUUUAAACGGUUUUUUCAGCAUAUCAUCACUGAUCAUUGGUAACCACUAAAGAUGAGUAAUUUGCUUAAGUAGUAGUUAAAAUUGUAGAUAGGCCUUCUGACAUUUUUUUUCCUAAAAUUUUUAACAGCAUUGAAGGUGAAACAGCACAAUGUCCCAUUCCAAAUUUAUUUUUGAAACAGAUGUAAAUAAUUGGCAUUUUAAAGAGAAAGCAAAAACAUUUAAUGUAUUAACAGGCUUAUUGCUAUGCAGGAAAUAGAAGGGGCAUUACAAAAAUUGAAGCUUGUGACAUAUUUAUUGCUUCUGUUUUCCAACUACAUCACUUCAACUAGAAGUAAAGCUAUGAUUUUCCUGACUUCACAUAGGAGGCAAAUUUAGAGAAAGUUGUAAAGAUUUCUAUGUUUUGGGUUUUUUUUUUCCUUUUUUUUUUUUUAAGAGUAUAAGGUUUACACAAUCAUUCUCAUAAUGUGACGCAAGCCAGCAAGGCCAAAAAUGCUAGAGAAAAUAACGGGAUCUCUUCCUUGUAAACUUGUACAGUAUGUGGUGACUUUUUCAAAAUACAGCUUUUUGUACAUGAUUUAGAGACAAAUUUUGUACAUGAAACCCCAGAUAGACUAUAAAUAAUUCUAAACAAACAAGUAGGUAGAUAUGUAUGUAAUUGCUUUUAAAUCAUUUAAAUGCCUUUGUUUUUGGACUGUGCAAAGGUUGGAAGUGGGUUUGCAUUUCUAAAAUGGUGACUUUUAUUCUGCAAGAGUUCUUAGUAACUUCUUGAGUGUGGUAGACUUUGGAACAUGUAAAUUUUUUGCUUGUAAUGUUAUCCUGUGGUAGGAUUUUGGCAGGUACACACACUGCCCUAUUUUAUUUUGAGUCUAAGUUAAAUGUUUUCUGAAAAGAGAUACAUGCACUGAACUCUUUCCACUGCGAAUCAAGAUGUGGUAAUAUAAAAGGAUCAAGACAAAUGAGAUCUAAUACUACUGUCAGUUUUAAUGUCCACUGUGUUUUAUACAGUAUCUUUUUUUGUUCACUUUGGAAAUUUUUACUAAAAAUUGCAAAAAAUAAAGUAUUGUGCAAAGAUGUAAGGUUUUUUGAAACUUGAAAUGCAUUAAUAAAUAGACUUGAUUAAAUCAA